AUGCUAGGACGGCUUCUGCAUCUCGGCUCCGGAGGCCAGUCUAUAGGCCCUACUCAGUCCACCAAUGGCUCACGACCCAUCCUUUCCCUGGAAUCCGUCCAGGAAGACUCUCACACCCGCAACCUGCUUUUCCCCGACGCCCAGGAUCUCUAUCAGCAUCGCAACGAUCAAGUAUUUCCCUUCUUUGCCGAUCCGGUAGCCUCUUCCGCAUCGCCAGCAAACGCUUUCGACUACAACGAUGACAUCGAACUCGAUGUCAAGGACGUUCGCGUCAUCAUCAUGCAGGAUGCCCUAGGUCCCACUAAUGCAUCGCUGCUCUAUGAUAGCCAUCCUCUCCCCGAGUCCGCAGCUUCCGCUGAAAGGCAUUCUACUGCCACUCAGGAUCUCAAGAGGGCGGCCCCCUUCUCACCUCGCAAGGGCAGCCAAAGCCAGGCUCCGCGCCCAACAGGUAUUCAUACCGACGGCCCUCAGCUUCGCCAGGGAGCAUUCGAUCGCCGAGCCUCGGUUCAUGGCCGUAGUCCUAGUUUUGGGGAAACUGAUGGGCAGCGAGCUGCACGCGAAUACCGAGAGGAGCUAGCUACCUUCUCCAGCUGCAUCUUUGGUAACUCAGAGCUCAUGGCUUACAAAGGCACUUCCACAAAAGUCCAUGUCGUGCCAUCCGAGCCACGCGUCACCGACUAUGGUAGCUCCAUGUUUGGUGAUGGCCGCAGCUCUAUCGGCCGUGCCAGUGGGCGCUCAAGCAAGCUGUCACAGUCCUAUUCCUCUCAGACCAUGUCUCCAACACAUCCACCGCUUCCCACCGGCGCGUCUACCCCACGCCAUACUGAGCGAAAGAAGGUUCUCAUCACUCGGCUCUUCCCCGUAACUCUUGCCGCUGACGACUUGGAUACUGCCACGCCACCGAGCCGGUAUUCAGAUGACAAUGGAGGAUUCCCAUUUCCGCCAACCGGAGACGAGGCUGCCGCCAAGAAGAAGAAGCCACAGCCGAAACAGAGGCGCACGCCAAUGUAUGCUGUGGUCCUUGUCGUACAGCUCCCGCCUUCUCCGUCACGCAUAUCUUCGGCCGUACCCCCCAAGCCUGUCUUUCGCGAGCCAGGAUCAUACAAUGACCAAGACAUGUUCUCUUCGUCCUACAGUUCGACUCGUGCGUCUGGCUGGAACAUGUCGGGGUCGGGCCUUUAUGGCGAAGCCACAGACUCGUCAUUCUCCAUCGACGUGGAAGACCGAAUUGACUCGCUUACGAAGCACUGGGAUAUUGUCAUGCGCACCUUGACCCAUCUCCAGUCUGUCGUCUCGUUCAGGUUGCACACCAUGCUCAAGCAAACCGACAUGGCAUCCCCGGGACCGUAUUCGGCAAAUAUGAGUUCCAGGAGGCCAUCCGUUACCACCGACAGGCGUCUAGAUGAGUCUCGAAACAAGCCGUCCAAGAGUACCACCAAACUUGUCUCCCUGCUGCCAAACUGUCUCUCAGAUGAUCUGCAUAUUGCAUCAGAAGUCGGUCUCGCCAGGUCCAGGGUUGUAAUGGGCCUGAGUGCUUCUCGUGUCGUCACAGGACAGGGGCGCUGGGGAAUUUGGCGUGACGAGGCCAUUUGGACUUGUAAAUGGGCUGCAGGACUGCAUCAAGGUACCUUUCUUCAUACCCUGCUUACUGGAUUCUUAGCCACCCAUAUCGACUGGCUGCAGGCGCUCAGCUCUCCUACAUACAGGAGAAAAGCAAUGGUUCGAAAACAGAAUCAAAAUGAAGAUGAUUUAUCGCUACCAGCGCGGACUAUUAUCGUCUCAGAAGACAAGAUGGCCGCACGACGCAUCAUCUUUUUGCUUUCUGCGUUUUUGCCAGCGAACCAGCAAGUCCACGGCCCUCGAGUACAUCGACCAAGCACGUCGGGUGCUUCGGUUGGCGCAUUUUCAAAUUCGCCCCCUUCCUACGUUGUUCCCGUUGUGCGAGAGGAGUCUCUUCGCCGCAAGAUUAAUCGCCGCACCGGCUUUGGGCGCACUUCUCACUCCAGGACAGCUAGUCAGAGCACCAGGAGUGGCACGUUGUCGUCCCAGAUGGGACACCUGAACAUCACAGAUCCCUCAAGCCACCACAGGCGUGCUUCCGACGCAGCCUCCAUUCGAACUCCUGGCCUUCCCAUCCCGGGCCAUGACUUGAUGAGCCGGAAAAGUAGCGUUGCUACUUCUACCAUCAUGCAGGACUCAACCACGCCGCAUUUCUCGACUAUUCAACGGACCGAUAGCCUUAGGCGGCGACGGCCGGGAAGUAGUGGCAGCGCUGCGGCAGAUGACCUGAAGCGAUCUCUCAAAAGGGGAGAGAGCGGCGGUGCCGGAGGCGGUCGCCCACCAAGCCAAGGACUGCGAUGGAGCAGCAUAAUGAGCGGGCUAUGGAAUGCACGCCGUCGUGAGUCCAUGGACAGCGGCAGCACUUACAGUCAAGCGAGCGACCUGCGGUCGCCAAUCAAAGUAGGCUUCCCUCAGUCAAACAGACUGUCUGACAUAGGUCGCGAGCUCGCCCCUCAUGAGGAAGUGCCUGGAAGAUCACCGGCCCAGCUGCGUCAAGCGAGUAAUGCUAGGGAUGUCGAUGCGACGCGAGGAAACGCUGAGCGCACUCGAAAAUCCUUCACGCAGGCCGACAGGACACCAGAUCCCAACGGCGCCUUUGAGUCUCCAAUCAAGACCUCAAUCAAUGCCGAUGAUAGUGUCAUAGAUGUUGAUGUUCCCUUCCCCGACUACAUUGCCUCCUUUGAGUCUGCCAUUAGCUCUCCCUCUAGCAGCGGAUACCUGUCGACACCAGGCCUGCCCGGCCUUGAAUCUUUUGAGCAAACCGGACGUAUCUCGAUUGAUGGUGAUCUGCCCCUUAAUGCGGCUGGCUGGCUGAACCGUUUCCAUCCUGACUUCGUCCUGCAAGGAGUCCCUCCUCAGGAAGACCUUCUCGAAAAUGUCAAAGCUGCUCUUCAAGCCGAGCCUACACCCACCGUGCUCCAGUCUGGUAGCGAUGAUGUCUCUGAGCGCUGGGUCGAUGUGAGCUCUGCUCUUGUCGUGGACACGACUACAGAUUCUCUUCUUCGCAUUACAUACCGCCGACUGGUUAAGCCAAAGCCAAUCGUGGAAAACGUUGUUGGGGGUGUUGCAAUUACGCCCUCAGCGUUGCCUCAGGAAACCAUGUUGGAUGAGAAGUGGGUUGAAGAAUUGGUAACUGUGCCCGAUGAUACUUUGUCAGAAGCCUUGGAAAAGGUUAUCCAUCUCGUCCCAGACUCUAGCAAAGAGCAUUCUUCCGCCUCCUCUCAGGUUCAUGUUGACAUCCUUGGGCCUCUCGACACCGGCAGUAACAUGCCAGAUACGCUCUCAGAGGUCACGCAAAUACCGGAGCCUCCUCUCGAAAUACCUCGAAGACAGUGCAAGACGGUAGUGCUUUCUGCUCUUGAAGAUACGAUUCGGGAUGUUAUUGACCGCAACGACGAUGACACCCCCAACAACCUUGGACGAAGGCAGCAAUCUCCAGCUAGCGAGAACGUACUACGCCUAGCAGUGAGGCAAUGGGCAAACGCUCUUGACUCGAGCGAAUGAGCCCCGAAAGUCACACGGAUACGGCCCCUUGUGUACCACCUUGUUUUUGUUUCACACAUUUCAUCCCGUUUUCUACGAUACUUUUUUCAAACGUUUCUUUAUUCAUGACGUUAUGAAUUGGUUACUACGAUAAAGGAUGACAAACCAACCGAAACCUGUAUCAUCACCUUUUUAAUAGUUUGAUUCCUCUUCACACCAUAUGAUACCCCAAAGUGCGCAGAGAUAUCGCGUCUUAUCUUUCUUCUUCUUUUGGGCCAACCAUACUCACCUUUUUUUUUUCUCUACCUGUUGAUUAUUGACUGAGAAGGCCAAUCCUCCACUAUCCCAAGAUCCCUUUUCUUCUUUUUCUUCGGCCUAGCGUUUGUUUGUCUGUGUGUUCGUUUUGCUUUUCUGAUACUACUUUGAAUUAUUUUUAUGAGCGAGGCGUUUGGAUGAUAUCAAAGGAUACUACUACGUGCCUAGCCAUGGAAUGCUAGUGCUGAGGUUUACACGUUUUGCUAUACAGAGCGGACUCUUACUCGAAGAGAGGAGUAAGCGGAAAGCGGCAAGACAAGCCGUUUUCUUGAAUUUCGAUAGAUUAUGCUUUUUAAUGCUAAAGAUACACUUUUGUUUUACUUUUA